AUAAGCACGUGAUAUAUUUUUGGUCCUUAUAAAUGAUAUGAUACUGUUGUUUUUCUAUUAACUAUUAAUAACAGUGAACAAAGUCAUGUUAUUUUUUUCUCUUAUUCGCUGUUGAUGCUUAACCUCUUACAUAAAACCCAAAUACUAGUAUUUAACUAUUUCUAUUUCAAAGCUCACCCAACACCUAGAGAGCAAAAAUGGGUUCAAAUGAACCGGAGAUGAAUAGCAUAAAGCACCGCACAAUCCAAGUAAACGGCAUAAAAAUGCACAUAGCAGAGAAAGGAGAGGAGGGGGCCCCAGUAGUAUUGUUCAUCCAUGGUUUUCCAGAACUAUGGUACUCCUGGCGACACCAGAUCCUAGCCCUCUCAGCCCUUGGUUAUCGUGCUGUCGCACCUGAUAUGAGAGGUUAUGGUGAUACCGAAGCCCCACCCGACCCGUCUAGCUAUACUUACUUCCAUAUUGUUGGGGAUUUGGUGGGCUUGAUUGAUGAGUUGGGGGCCCAUCAAGUAUUUGUAGUGGGCCAUGAUUGGGGAGCCGUGAUUGCUUGGUGGCUGUGUGUGUUUAGACCGGAUAAAGUUAAGGCGUUGGUGAAUCUAAGUGUGGCUUUUAUGCCUCGGAAUCCUAAUGAGUCUGUGUUGGAAAUGCUUAAAGCUGCAUAUGGUGAUGAUCUAUAUAUUUGUCGUUUUCAGGAAGCUGGAGAAAUGGAAGGCGAGAUUGAAGAAGCAGGUGGUGAAGCUAUGAAAGUGUUCAGGCUAUUUACAAGACCGGAUGAUCCAGGACCUAUAAUCAUACCUAAGGGAAAAGCAUUCGAAGAACUUCCUCCUUAUCCUGAUUGGUUGUCGAACGAUGAUGCAGCUUACUACAAUCACAAUUUCGCAAAAUCAGGUUUUACUGGUGGCUUGAAUUACUACCGUGCUCUUACGUUAAAUUGGGAGCUAACGGCGCCAUGGACCGGAGCUCAAGUUAACGUACCUGUGAAGUUUGUUGUGGGAGACUUGGACUUGGCUUAUCAUGUGCCUGGAGUUAAAGAUUAUGUUCAUCAAGGAGGAAUGAAGAAGGAUGUUCCAAACUUACAUGAAGUUGUUGUUCUUCCAGGAGUUGGCCAUUUUCUGCACCAAGAGAAAUCUGAUGUUGUCACCAAACAUAUCUAUGACUUCAUCCAGAAAUUUUAAGGUUUUUUUUUUUUUUUAAUUUUUUUUAUUUUUUAUAAUUUAAUCUGAGUUCUACAAUAAAGCAAUGUGAGAAUUAUUGUGAUAAAGGCGAUU